AUGGAUGGUCUCAAUCACCUUACCCAGGCAAGAGUCCAGAAUCUCUCGUCUUUACCAUCACAAUCCUCUCCAAUCACAGCGGAUCAAUAUGUGAUCAAACACCUUGAGGAGGAGGUUCUCAAGGCCUGUGAUGGCGAGAUUCAGACCAGGAUAUGGUUCAAGUCGCCUCCGCUCGAGCAAGACACUAUCCGCCUGAUUAACGGUGUCAAGCUGUUUGCUGAAUCUCACGACCAAGACUGGUGCGGAGACGACGAACAAGGCAACUGGACUUGGUUCGAGAUCGCCAUUCUGGAAAACGAAGAUGCCACGGCCCCCAGAAUGGUUGGAAAUGAGGAGCUUGUUAAGCUAAGUCACAUGAACUCUUUCCGCUCGAGUGACUACACAUGGCAGGGUGGUCAGGUCUUCACAAUGGAUGACGAGUUCCUGAGCUCCCUGGAGGAGGGCAACGUUAUUGCCGUACGCAUUUGCGCUCAGUACGCGGCCUGGACAAUCUACGCCAGAAACGGGUACCUCGUCUUCGACGUGGGCAGCGGCGAUGGUCCCUGGCCAAUCAAACCUCUUCCCUGCAGCGGCCCGCAGCCCCCUCGUCGCCGAAAUGUCAAAGAUUGGUUUGAAAAGGCAAAGAACCCUGCGAAUGAAGAAGCCAUGGAGCUCUCGUUGUUCAUCGCCGCCAUGGACAAAUUCCAGCGCUUGCCUCCGACCGACCAGCUCUCGUACUUCCGCAUUGCUGGGAUCCACGACUACCCGAGAAAUGUUUCGUGGAACAUGGGCAAGAGACCAAUCCCAUACCACGAUGAUGAUGACGUCAGGCGUAACAAAACCGUCAAAGACGAGGCGAACGGCAGCUACUGUGAGCACAACACAACAUUGUUCCCCACCUGGCAUCGCUGUUACCUGCUACUUUUCGAGCGCAGAGUCAGCGACUUGAUGAAGGAGGAGGUGAGAAAUCGCAGCAGGGACAGGAACUCAAAGUGGACUGAGGUGGCGAACCGCUGGCGUUUGCCCUACUGGGAUUGGGCGGCCAACCCGCAACUCCCGGAGCUGGUGGCAAACGAGAAGAUCAAGGUGAUUGUGUCGUGGGAUGCAAUUACUGAUAAGCGUGAGACGGCGGAGGUGAACAAUCCGAUGUACCGCUUCCAGAUGCCCGGUGGCCUUGUCAUGGGCGACAAGUCGUACGGCGACUACCGCAUCCAGACUGACGGCGAAGGUCCAUGGGAUGUGUGCAUUGGCACCAGCCGGCAUGCCAUCAGCCUAUAUAGCAAACAGGAUCUCUGGGUUCAGGGGCACACUGUUUCCGAAAAGGUGAACAAAGCCUUUGAAAAAACCAAAAUGCAAGGUCAAACUCUCAAGGACGCCGUCUAUCGCCUGCUUGGGAACGACUACAUCGCUCAGUACAAGUAUUUCGCGACUACCAAGUUCACCGAUCCCUCAGGACCUAAGAACUAUCUGUCCCUGGAGGCUAUCCAUAACACAGUUCAUAACUGCAUUGGUGGUAACACUCCCAUGGGCAUUGGCCAUAUGGAGGCGCCCGCGGUAGCCGCCUUCGAUCCUGUCUUCUGGCUCCAUCACUGCAACGUUGACCGGCUGUUGUACCUGUGGCAACAGGUAAAUGGAUCAUUGUGGUUCCACAGCUCAGAUGGCGGUAAGAAUGAGAGCGCCACAACGCCACUGCGGCCGUUCCGCAAAUAUGUAGGGAAACACGGGUUUUACGACUCAGACGGGGUCCGCAAGAUCGGCGAUUUGGGCUAUACGUACGACGACAGCGACAAGAUCACCGAUGGCAAGGGCAAUGUCUGCGAUAAGGACCUUCGUGAGCACAUCAACAAGCUAUACGGCCCUGACAAAGAUGCCUUCGAAAAGCCAGAGACAGACGUGGACCCCUUCAUCAACAUUGAGUACGAUCGCUACGCUCUGGGUGGCUUGCAGUACACCUUAUUCUUCUUCAUCGGACCUGUCAGACGCAACGUGCCGUACGCCCAGCAGGAGAGCCUGGCAGGCAGCAUGUACACCUUCUCAUCGCCUCUGCAGCGCUCCAGCAAGCGCGAAGGCGACGGCGACUCCACCAAGUCCAAGUACAGCAGCCCGGCGACGGGCUGCUCGAACUGCAACAAGCAGGCCGACGCCGGCGUACGCUCACGAGCGCAGGUCCCGCUGACGCGCAGCAUUCCCCGGGAGAAGCGCACCACGCGCGCCGAGGCCGAGAAGUUCCUGAAGGAGGAGCUGAGCUGGGUCGCCGUCAUCAGCCGCGGCAGCCUCCGCAUGCCCCGUGAGGUCUUCGGCAAGGGCCUGGAGCUGAGCCUCUGGAUCGGCACGAACAAGCUGCCCGAUGAUAGGACUGGCAAAACCGUCUUCGAGGACUACGUGGACGUUAAGUGGGAUUGGAAGGAGGCGGAGCUCUGA